AUGUAUGUCUUAGGAAUAUUGUUUAUGUUCUCAGUGAUUUCAUUGGUGAUUGCGCCAUUUCCACCCAAUCAGGAAAAUGAAAUAAUCAAGGAAAGUGAAUCAGAAAACGUACUGGGAGAAUCUUUGCUUGAUUUUGAACCUUCUUUUACUGGCCUACAAAAUCUUGGAAGCUCUUUAUUAUCAGAGGAUGCCUUCGGAGACUCUUUACUCUCCGUGCCCGAGAGAGCAGGAAGUGAAUCAGUCGAACAGGAUUUAGAAGGACAAGAAUUAGAUGUAUUAGAGUGCAGUAGCAUAGCUGGAUCAAGUACUACUUUCGAAGAGGCGCAUUGCGAUUUGUCUUUUGAGAGUAGUUUUGAAAAUACAUUUAAUCCCAAUGAAAAACUGUCAUCAAGGACAAAGAAAACAUCAGUGAAAAUAUUAUCAAACCAGCAAAAGUUACUAAAAAAAGCCUUAUCAACUGCCGUGAACUGCCUCAUAAGAUCAAGAAGCUGCAGAUUGUCCUGUCUUUCAGGAAUAUCAGUUGAUUUUGUGAAGCGAGAAAGAACAAAAGUCUGGACAAAGAAUUUUGAAGGCAGGGUAGAAUGGUUCUCUGAUAAGUAUUCAGAGGCCAUUAACAAAGAAAAGUCAAUAAGAUUUACAGCUGAAGAUGGAAAACAAAUAUGCUCAAAAUGUUUUCAAAACUUGUACAGACUUGAUAAGUCCUUCUAUUACAAAUACGUUGCCAAUUUUGAGCAUGGUGCAGUUUCAGCAGGAUAUCUGAAUGUUAAAGAACAUCACACAACAACAGAGAAAGCAAUAGAAUGGAUGAGUGAUUUUGCUUUGUUUCAUGGGGAUCAGAUGCCUGACAAAGGGGUUAUUCUUUUGGCUUACAAAACUAGAAAAAUAGACAUUUAUAACCAAUAUGUUGAAGAAGAAAUCGAAAAAAUGCAACGAAGUGUCUCCAAGGCAAACUUCUACAAAAUCUGGAAGGAGAAAUUUCCACAUCUGAAGAUAAAACAGACCAACUCUUUUUCAAAGUGUAACACGUGCACAAAAUUGGAUUCUCAGCUCCAGGCGACAAGAGAUCCCUUAGAGCGUGAAGAAAUAAAGGGUCUCAUCAAAGCACAUAAUUACCGACAGAUGAUGGAGAGAAAAUAUUAUUAUUCUAAACGGAAUCAAGCGAAAGAAAAUAGUCGAAGAUAUAUGUCAAUCAUAAUAGAUGGGAUGGAUCAAAUGAAAACGAACCUUCCUCACUUUCUUGGUAGACGUUCUAAUGAUUUAGAUUUGGCGAAUUUGUUGUCAACUCACAUCCAGGGAGUCAUAAAUCAUGGAUUAGAGAAGUUUACUAAAUACUUGGAUAUCAAUGAAUAUGCCCAUGAUUCAAAUAUGGUCAUUAAUACAGUUUUAAAGGAAUUAUAUGGAGCAAGCAUGCAGAUGGGUAACUUUCUUCCACCAACCCUGUAUAUUCAGGCAGACAAUUGCUUCAGAGAGAAUAAAAAUAGAUACACACUAGGAUUUUGUGAACUGCUAAUAUGGAAGAAUAUCUUUAAAGAGGUACAUUUAUCAUUUCUCUUCGUUGGGCAUACCCAUGAAGAUAUUGAUGCGGGAUUCAGCAGAAUUGCAGACCAGCUAAGAAGGAACGAAGCAGGAACUAUUCCAAGGCUUCUAUCGCUAAUCCCCAAUACAAGGCAACUGAGAGGAUUGUAUGACAUAAAAAACUGGCUUACUCCGUAUCUCAAUCCUGUAGCUCAUCACACCAAACCCCAUCAUUUUAGAUUUCGCCGGAAUGAAGAAAAUAAUAUAAUCACAGAAUAUAAAGGAAGCCAUAACAGUCAAUGGAAACAGCUCCAAGGGACCAUUUUAAAACAAAUGCCAAGAGGGUUACCUAAAAUUCUUAAACCACAAAACUUCAACAAAAUAAAUAUUGAUGGCCUGGAAAGAAAUAUCAAUCGAUCAAAAUUUCUGUUUUCGGAUCAAACCCAAUUUCAGUGGUGGAGGAGAUUUAUUGCCUAUUUAAGGGACCUCCAAUCCGACCCAAAGAUGCAGUUAGAGUAUGCCAAAGAACAAGCUCGAUGGCUACUACCAUUGCUCCCAAAGCAGAAAGAAAUUUUCAAUCUGGAUGGACAUACAGAGCCAUCUCGAAUUGAUCCAGAACUGCAUGAAAUGGUGGAUAAGGAGCUGGAUGAACCACAGGUACAAAUGCAAGUUAAAAGGAAUGUACCACCGGCGAGCAGAGAGCGAAGGAAGGCUGGAACCGAGGCAUCAAACACAGGUCGUAUCGAGAAUGUAGACAGGCAAUCCAUCGACAUUACAUAUAGCAACGUUUAA